AUGCUGUUCAAGUCCCUCGCCAUUGUCGGCUUUGCCGCCACCGCUGUCGUCGCUGACGGCGCUGCCAUUGUCAAGUCCCUCGGCACCAUCCGCCAGAAGAACGCUGCCUUCAACGGCACCCUCGUCAAGUGGGACGGCUCCCUCUUCGGUGCCAUCCCGAUCUUGACCUCCUCCGGCGACCUCAACAAGGCCGUUGACGCUGGCACCAAGGUCGCCAAGGCCUCCGCCCCUCUCUCCCUCGAUGAGGCCACCCAGGUCUACAUCGCCACCCAGAGCCUCCAGGGUGAGAUCGUCGUCACCAUCGACAACCUCAUCGCCGCCAAGCCCAAGUUCGACAAGGCCGGCGUCACCGUCAUCACCACCUCCACCCUCAGCACCUCCCGCAAGUCCGCCGCCGCCUUCGGUGCCGCCGUUGUCGAGAAGGUCCCCGCCGACCUCCAGUCUUUCGCCCAGGGUGUCGUUGGCUCCAUCGACGCUGAGUUCGCUCGUGCCCAGGCUGUCUACGGCAAGCCCCUCUUCUAA